CACUUUUACAAAAAAGUUAACGUUUCGUCUUGGAAUAUAACUAGCAAUUUUCCAAACAACUUUUCCUCUGUCUGCCCUCCACGUCUCAAUAACAAUCUCCAUUUAUACUUCGUAUCUCUCAUUUCCAGCUUUCUAGAGAAUAAGAUGAAAAUCGGAACGAAGAUGCUUCCUAAAAGCAAGUAGCCUUCUUCCCUCAAAGAAAGGGUUUUAAACGCUGGUGCUCCGAGGCCCUGUUUCACUCUCCAUGCCCUGUCCGAACUACUGCUCCCCGGUCGUACUUUAAGGACAACUCGCUCUUGGGAAAUAACUUGGGCCCUCUGGUGAGGUCGCAACUCCUCAGCCUUUGCCCUCCGGCUGAUAUUAGCACAUCCGCCGCUGUCCUAGUCAGAUUCCAGCAAGGGAGAUUUUGGGGGGCAGUGAGGGGCGGAGGAGGCAAAUGUCGUGAGUACCCAGCAACUGGGGAGUGAUGGAAAGUAGGGUUAUGGGCGGACGUGUGGGGACCCUUGCUCUGCUUUUAGGGGUGCAGGGGUUGGGGGGAGAGGAGAUCAGUUCUAAAAUCUUGGACAAGUUGGCUUUUGUCUUCUUAUCUGCCGUUCGGCUCAAGAUCCUUCGGAGGAGGCCCAGCCCAAGCCCCCGAUCUUCCCCUCCAGAGAGUUCCUGUGCAUAAGGGGUGCGCUCUGCGCCCGCAAAACUCGGAGCCUUAACCCGGCCUUUUCUAACCGACCGCGCGGUGCCGGCUGCCCCCUGUUGGCCAUCCGGAAGUAGGGCGCCUCAGGGUUCCAUUCCUUCAGUUUGCAUCCCUCCCUGGCGACCACUCGAUCCCCUCUCACCCACCAAGACCCCUCGGAGACCUCCGCCAGGGGACAGUUUGUGUCGCUUAGAGCUGCGAAUAGGAAAGGGCCAUAGGUGUAACCCAGCAAAGGGGUCUCGGACAAUUGGACAAAGGAUUCCUACCCUUUCUGGUCACUGGGGAGGGAGUGUCACCGUAGGAGGCCUCGGGUGUGGCCUUGGUUGUUUCACCAAUUCUUCCUGUGGUCUUGGAUACGUGUUCCUUUUCCUCUCUUAGCCUUGUUUCUAAGUCUAUAAAAAACAGUGACUUCGUCUUCGUCUAUAAAAAAAAAAAUCCCUGUAAAGAUUGGGGAUUGAACUGAUCUUUAAUUUCUCACGCUCUGGCGGAUACUCAACUCAGGUUUGGACAGAAGAGUCUGUGCUGAGUUAGGAGAGGUAAUUAACUGUGCGUUGGUCCUGAAGAGUCCUGGAGUGCGUUGCUGAGGCCCAGGAACGAGGAGAAUCAAGCUCGAGUGUUCUUCUAUAUUAUCACUGUUCUGGGUCGCUCUGGAACUAUUCAGGUUCCUUGCCCUAACAGCAGCAGCUCCAGACAACCUCCGGCUUAUAUCACUGGCUAUUAUUGCCUGCUGCAUGUGUGCAUACACAUGUACACACAGUGCUGUGGUCACUUAUUCUCCGUGCAGGGCAGCUAUAGCUCAGCUGUGCCCAGGGGGGCAAGGUGGGGAGCAACCCUUCCUUUGUCUACUUCCCCUUAAGUAGACCCCUACUGGUCAUUCUUCAGGGUCUUUUCUCCACCGAAGUCGAGGAACCAAAUUUGUGUCGGUAAAUGAAUUUCCUCCCAGCAAGUUUCUCCAUCUCUCUUCUUGCUUCAGAGAAAGAGGAGACUGGGGAGCACAGUUCAGUUUCCACCUCUUCAAGAACGGAGAUCUUCUGGGAUUUUCCCAUCUUCCUUUUCGCCACCGGGAGCCUGGGUCACUCUCUUCUUCCGCCUAGUUGGCAUCUCUCAUCAUUUCCACUCCCAGACGUGGGCCCUAAAUGUAGAAUCUAGCGGAAGGCAAUGACCAAACAGUGAGGUAGGGGAAGAGACUCUUUGCCUCGCCUCUUUAGGAUUCGUCCUUAAGGGACCGCCUGUCUUUGCACUUGGUUACUGGACUCCUGCGCUCGUCCUGUAGCUCUCUAGACCGAGGGAGUCCUCUUUUCCCACCAACUUCCCUCUCCCUGGUGUCGGCACCUUAAGAACCGCACUACAAUCAGCACCUUUGAUCUAGUACAUCCUGAAGGCUUUGGGGGUUCGCUUUUGGGGAAGCAGCAGCAUCUAGAUCCAGCUGCCCUGGCUUCGGGACCGGCAGACGCCUUUCUUUUACCUCACUCACCCCUGCGCUGCACCUCUUAAAAGCCCGCAGCCUCCUCUGCACGCCCACGAGGACUGAUGCUCCGACUUCUCAGUCUGCUUUCCCGUGCCCCUGUUGGAAAACAUUUGGCUCGUUCUCUGGAUAACUUUGAUCAGAACUUUUGUUUUAGCCCUGCUGCGGCAAUCUCACAAAAGUUCUCCUUUCACGCCGUCUUCUUCGUUUCCGAUCUCUGAUAAACCCACCCGGACGGAUGUUUUACCCUCUAAAGUGGAGGUGUUCGAAUGAGUUCGCUGUGAGUUCCUUGAAUCGCUCAAAUUUGUGGGGCUGCGACAGAGUGGAGAGGGAAGAAAAUCGAGGUGUUUCCAGAAGUCCAUUGGAAUAUUAAGCCCGGGAGUAGCUUUGGGGACGGCUGGAGGUGCGAUGUCUUCCAAGUUCUUCCUAAUGGCUUUGGCCACAUUUUUCUCCUUCGCCCAGGUUGUAAUAGAAGCUAAUUCUUGGUGGUCGCUAGGUAUGAAUAACCCCGUUCAGAUGUCGGAGGUCUACAUCAUCGGAGCACAGCCUCUCUGCAGCCAACUGGCGGGACUUUCUCAAGGACAGAAGAAACUCUGCCACUUGUAUCAGGAUCACAUGCAGUACAUCGGAGAAGGCGCCAAGACAGGCAUUAAAGAGUGUCAGUACCAGUUUCGGCACCGCAGAUGGAACUGCAGCACAGUGGACAACACCUCCGUCUUUGGCAGGGUGAUGCAGAUCGGCAGCCGAGAGACAGCCUUCACAUACGCGGUGAGCGCAGCUGGGGUUGUGAAUGCCAUGAGCCGCGCAUGCCGGGAGGGCGAGCUGUCCACCUGUGGCUGCAGCCGUGCUGCGCGCCCCAAGGACCUGCCUCGGGACUGGCUGUGGGGCGGCUGUGGGGACAACAUCGACUAUGGCUACCGCUUCGCCAAGGAAUUCGUGGAUGCACGGGAACGGGAACGAAUCCAUGCCAAGGGCUCCUAUGAGAGUGCACGUAUUCUCAUGAACCUGCACAACAAUGAAGCAGGCCGUAGGACAGUAUACAACCUGGCCGAUGUAGCCUGCAAGUGCCAUGGAGUGUCUGGCUCAUGUAGCCUCAAGACAUGCUGGCUGCAGCUGGCGGACUUCCGAAAGGUGGGCGAUGCCCUCAAGGAGAAGUAUGACAGCGCAGCAGCCAUGAGACUGAACAGCCGGGGCAAGCUGGUGCAGGUCAACAGCCGCUUCAACUCCCCGACCACGCAGGACCUGGUCUAUAUCGACCCGAGCCCGGACUACUGUGUGCGCAACGAGAGCACAGGCUCGCUGGGCACCCAGGGCCGCCUGUGCAACAAGACCUCCGAGGGCAUGGACGGCUGCGAGCUAAUGUGCUGCGGCCGCGGUUAUGACCAGUUUAAGACGGUGCAGACGGAACGCUGCCAUUGCAAGUUUCACUGGUGCUGCUAUGUCAAGUGCAAGAAGUGCACGGAGAUCGUGGAUCAGUUUGUGUGCAAAUAGUGGUGUGCCUACCUGCCCAUCCCUCAACCCCAUUCCCAGGACCCACUUAUUUAUAGAAAGUACAGUGAUUCUGGUUCUUUUUAUUUUCCCCCAGGAAUUGCAGCUGGAACCAUAUUUUUGUUUCUGUUACCAUCUGAGAACUCUGUGGUUUAUUAUUAAUAUUAUAAUUAAUAUUUGGCAAUAAUGGGGGAAACCAAGAAAAAAAUAUUUAUUUUACGAAUCUUUGCAAAGUUAGUACAAACCUUCUUUCUUCUGAUGCUACAGGAUAAAGGGGAAAUAACACAUAUUCUUUUAGCUGCAUGGUUGGGGUUCACAUCCAGAAGGUAUAGGAACUAUUUUCUUCUCAAAUACAGAGUCCUGUGGGACAGGUGGUAGCCAGGUGAAAGAGGUUGGUAAGACCCAUGAAUGAUUCAGUUCCUAUGGCCAAAAUGAAUUGCAGAUGCUCUGGUACAAGACAAAAGAUCUUAAAUCUAGAUAUAUUAAAUAUACAUAUAUGGCAGAAAUACAGACUAGGAGACACUCCCCAUUCCAGAGGUUAGCAGUCCUCUUUUUGUAUGUUCAAAAUCAUCUUUCAGAAUGUAAGAGCAAGAAUCUUGUAUCUUCCUAAACAGGCAUAGCAUGUAUGUUAUUAUAGCCCACCUAUAGAUACUCCAAUUAUGGAUGUGCCUUUUUCUAACAGUUCAUGAAACUUGGGGAGCUGGUGGGCAGUGUGUGUGUGGGGGAUGUCCCCAGAAAUUAGAAGACUUGAAAUUUCCCAUAUUGAGGCCGUAAUCUUAUAGUGUUAGCCCCAGCUGAUUCUGAAUACCAGACUUUAUGUCUGGGAAGGGAUUUUUGACUCAACAACUCUCUGGUUUUGAAAGCCAUCUUCCUGUCUUAAAAAUGAAAAUUACCCAUGAAUUCCAUUUGCAGACCCUCUCCCCAGACAACAAGGAAAGCCCACAGAGUUGAGCACUGCAGAAGGGCAGAAUACCUCUUUGAGGAGAAAGUGGCAGCCACCUUCCUACUUGACCCCAAGCCCUCUCUGGACUCUCUGUGCCCUUGUGUGAUGCUGACCAUGCUUCCAAAUGACAGCUACAUGGAUGCUCAUUGCUUGCAGGGCAGGAAAUGUACGUGAGGAGUUAUGCUCAAAAACAGCUACUUGGGGGGUUGUUUUAUUUCUCUAAAGCUUUUCUUUUGAGGUACAGUAACUUCAUGUGUUUUGCUGAUAUUUCUUGGCCCAAGGAGUCCACAGAGGUGUUGUGACUGGUAUAACCCUGUAUUUAGACUAUCCAUUUGUGCUUUUCCUAUUAUCCUGCAGGUGUACGCCAAAACUGUUCCUAGUGUACUUGAACAGUUGCAUUUAUAAGGGGGGAGGGAGUGGUUUAAUGGUGCCUGAUAUCUCAGUCUUUUGUACAUAACAUAUAUAUAAAUAUACAUAUAUAAAUAUAGAUAUAAUUAUAUCUCAGUGCAGUCCGCGAUUUAGAUUUACAGUUUGCUCUGGGCUUACUCUCUGCCUGGAGUACUGUCCUUCACUGAAGUCCAGUUAGGAUUUCUUUUUUCCAAAAUUUUUGAGUCUUGACAUUGGCAUGUAACUCUCUGGGAUCCUACCACAAAUGCCAGGAAGCAAGCUAGACUCUGCAGAAGCAUUCAGGGCUGGUGUCCCGAGAUGCACGUUGGUUAGAAGGUGGCCUUUCUGCUUCCUGCCCUCCCCCCCCCACCCCCGUUCUCCACCCCCUCUUUGGUAUUUUUUGUGGGGAGGGCAUUGUGGUCUGUCACAGUCACGGAUCUUGAGAGGCACUCAGAACCCAGGAGCCAGCCUCAUCUCCAUUUGCUUAACUCAUUUCUCAGUGAGGACUGACCAGAGUUCCUGAAGCAAAUCCGCUCACCACAUAGAUAGUUAGUUUAAACAAUGUUUUAAAAUAAGGGCACCUCUAUUUCAAAAGCGGCAUCUGAUGUGUUGUUGUUGGGCCCGAUGCUGGUUUUCAAGGUUUGAAAAGAUGUAUGUCUCCCUUCAUAGGCUUGGUGGCCUUCCGGUCACCUCAGCCCUGUGGCUCUUAACUUAUUGCCCCCAAAUAUUCAUUUCCCCUCAGCUACAGUGAAUCACAAGCAAACGAUCUUGAAAUAAAAAAGCACUAAUUUAGUUUAAAAUGUCACUUUUUUGGUUUUUAUUCUACAAAAACCACGAAGUAUGCUUUUUAUAUUUGCUAAAUCAGAUUAUGUUCUUUUUUUAGUGAUUCAUGUUUAUGAGCAGAGUGGAGUUUAACAAUCCUAGCUUUAAAAAAAAACUAUUUAAUGUAAGAUAUUCUACGCGUCAUUCAGAUAUUUUGUAUAUCCUCUAUGGCCUUUAUUCUGUACUUUUAAUGUACAUAUUUCUGUCUUGUGUGAUUUGUAUAUUUCACUGGUUUAAAAAAAAACAUCGAAAGGCUUCUGCCAAUGGAAGAUAGAGUAUAAAAUAAAAAGUUACUUGUAUAUUGGUAA